UAAUAAUUUGAAAUGCGUUCUAACCAAUUUAUAUUAAGACAUUUCAUGUCUGAAGCAUUAAAAAAUCUCUCCUGGUGCAGGUGGGGGAAGUGCACUGUUUGUUCACGCGCGCUUCCUCUCACGCUUCACGGUUAGUACUUCUGGCCGCCUCCUGUACUAAUAGAAUCAUCACCUGCUUGAGCUACCACUCCGACGAGAGGGAGAAAGAAAGCAAGAGGGAGAAAGAUGGUGUAAAGCCGGUUGAUAUGGAAGGCGGAGAAGGGCGGCGCAUGCUAAGAUGCGCUGGGGGUGAGCAGGAUAAGCAUGCAAUCAUGAACCGGAACAUGCUCAGAUUCCGGCCGAUUGCACCGAAACCGGUGGCCAACGGUGCCGGAGAGGUUGGUAACAAAAACUCGGGUUUGAGUGUUUUGACAAGUGCAAGAAGAAAGAGAAAGUACGUUAGGAUUUCCAAGAAUAAUGUAUGUAGGGCGAAGAAUAAGGAUCCUAAGCGCGUGGUGACGACGCUGCAGCUCUUGCCGGAGAAGAACGAUAUAGAGAGCUCGUCGGACAGUGGAUCCGGGCGUCCUUUAGAUCCUACGGUGACGGAAAGUAAUAACGAUAGAAAUAAUCAAAAUAGUUAUCCUGCUGGAAAAGAAGAUGAGGGCUUACGCCUAGGAAUUCCCAUGUGGUUGAGGAAUUACAUGGGUGGUGGAGGAGGAUCAGAUCCGACGGUGGGUAUGCGGCAGAUGGUGGCGAUGCAGUCUUGGGUGACGGUGGAGUGCGUGACAGGCACAUGCAUGAAUGCGCACGGUACGUUUGGAAGUGUUAGGACUAGGGACGUGGAGGGGAUGAGGAGUGAUCUGGAGAGGGACACGUGUCCGGGGCUUAUAUCGGACGGUCAGAACAGGGUGCAGUGGCUGAACGAGGCUUUUAAGAAGAUGGUGAGCCAGCAGAAGUGCGCGGCGGAGAUAGCGGUGUGGUUGGUGGUGAAAGAGAAGCUGCCGUACGCGGACGCUUUAGCGUUAACGUGCCAAGUAAAGCUGCAGUACGCGGUGGGUAAGGAGAGGUGCUCUCGAAUUGUGCCCUGUGAUUUGUGGAGAAUGGACGGUGGAGGAUUUGCAUGGAGGCUCGACGUCAAGGCUGCUCUAACUCUAGGCCGUUGAUUUGAAGCCGUUUAAAAUUUAUAUGGAUUAUCAGUAGAUGGAAUGGAAGGCUGAAGAUCUCAGACAUAUAUGUAUAUAUAUAUAGACAAACUUUGAAAGUAAGGAGAUGGAAGCGAAACUGCUCGAAUGAAAGGCUCUAGCGAGGAGGGAAGCGAAGCUGCUCGAUGACAAUGGAUCGAAAGAGAGUAGACGACCGACUCGUGCUUUGAUCUUUUCUGAGGAGGUAGCUGGCUUCUCUGGAUCUCCGAAGAAGAGUUGAACAGUAGUCUUGAAAGUGUACAUACUAGUAAGCUCGAAGCAACCGCGAUGAAAUCAUAUAUAUAUAUAUAUAUAUAUAGAGAAGUGGAGUACGCACUCUUGAUUUAGCAGCAAAGCAGCUGCUGAUGAAAUCCUCAAAGGUUUGAGUACGUACAUGUAGAGGAGAGACUGUACUUAUUAAUGCAGUAAUGCAUGAAGCUAGCAAGCUAUGAAAAAACCCGCUGGUAUGUUUAUAUAUAUUUUUCAUAUGCAGUAAUGCACACCUUCAUAUCAUCAGAGUGAUAGCUGUCCAAUAAUAUAUAUAUUGCCUGUC